AUGCCCCACCUCGUUGCCAACUUCCUGCGCACUUCGUCCGGCAACAUUUCGCACAUCAAAAAGUCGGCCAUCUCGCGGUCCCGAACCACAUCGCGCAACAACUCGCGCAACAACUCCUUCAGCGCGAGCCCCUACGCCUCCGACUCCGAGGACCAUGCGUGUGCGUCGCACUCGGUCAAGAUGCCCGACCUGGCAGACGCCAUGAAGAAGCACCGCCUGUCGCUGCACUUUGGCCGCUCCUCGAACGCGCCCUCGUCCUCCUCCUCCCCCUCCUCCUCCUCGCCGCACGCCCCCGUCGCCAUGGACUGGAGCAUCGAGAGCCCGCCCAUUGUGUUUUACGGCUCGCCUGCCGAGAGCACCGGCGCCCUCGUCUCGGGCCUCCUGUACAUCGACGUCAACGAGGACGCCGUCGAGGUGGACAGCUUCACCGCCAGCCUCAGCAUCCACGCCACCCAGAAGAAGCCCUUCCAGAGCCACUGUCCCGACUGCCACACAAAGGUGACGGACCUCCGGAGUUGGCAGUUCCUGGCCCAUCCCACCUCGCUCCGCAGGGGCAGGCACCAGUUCCCCUUUUCGACCCUGCUCGACGGCAGCCUGCCCGCGUCCAUGGACUCGCCCCUCGUCUCCUUCUCGUACCAGUUCAAGGCCGAGGCCGUGGCCGUCCGCGCACCGUCACCCGCGCCGGCAGCCUCGGCCUCGGCGGCGUCGUCGACGUCCGCGUCCCGCCUGCCCGUCCGGUUCGAGCGCACCCUGCGCGUCAAGCGCUCGCUGCCGGAGCCGCUGUACCCUCACCACUCGGUGCGCGUCUUUCCCCCGACAAACAUCAAGGCCUCGGCGCACUACACGGCCGUCAUCCACCCCUCGGGCUCCAACUCGGUCACCCUCAAGCUCGACGGCCUCAUGACGCACAACGAAAAGGUCAAGACGGUCGACCUGUGGAAGCUGAAGAAAGUCACCUGGAAGCUGGAGGAGACCAUCAAGACCACCGCCAGCCCCUGCGACAGGCACGCCCCCGCCUCUUCCGCCGACGACCCCAGCGACCCCGGCAGGGCCGGCCUGGUCCGCACCGAAACCCGCCUCCUCGGCGAGAAGCAGCUCCACGAUGGCUGGAAGUCGGACUACUCGGGCAACGACGGUACCGUCGACCUCGAGUUCGACUACACCGUCAACCAGCUGCGCGCGCACGGCAAGGAGCCCCGCUACGCCUGCGACCUCCGCGCCCACGACGGCACCGACGUCUCCCACGCCCUGCACAUCGAGCUGAUUGUUUCCAAGGAGUUUGCGCCCGAGGGCAAGACGCAUCUCGCCACCCAGACGGGCACCGGCAGGAUCCUGCGCAUGCACUUUGCCGUCAACCUCACCGAGUACCCGGGGCUCGGCGUCUCGUGGGACAACGAGGCGCCCCCCGUCUACCAGGAUGUGCCGCCCAGCCCGCCGGGCUACCCUGCGGAGCCGCCCAUCGAGUACGAUGACCUGGAGGAGCUGGACGCUCUGAGGGCGGUCUCUGCGCCGGGGUCGAGGAGACAUAGCGAGUCUGGGCGGUCGACGUAG